AUGUCCGCCGCUGAAGAGGAAAAUAUCGCUGAAUCCGGCGACGAUCUCUUGGACGACGACCUUCCCGAAGGACUACUCGAUGACCUCGCGAGCUCCCCUGACCACCCUGCUGCGAAGAAGCCCUGCAUGGACCCCGGUGCUGGCCCUGCUAGCUUCAACUCCCCCUCCACCUCCUCCGACUCGGCGCUGGUGCAGCCCGCGCCGUCUCCUGUGCUCCUCGCUGCCGCUGCUACUCCCACGUUGACUCAGCAAGGCCAUGCGCCCUCUCUGGCAGCAACAGCUGCCGCCCCCAACGCCCCGGUUCUCCGCGCUGCUGCCUACGCAACGGCCGCCUCCGGCGCUAACCCGGCUCCCGCGCUGCCCGCCUCGCUCUUUGCCUCAUCCGCGCCCGGCGGACCCCCCCGCAACCUCCGCCGUGCGCGCACCUCCGCAGCCACCCCGAUGCUCCUUCCACUUUGCCGCCGCGUGGUAGUCACGCUCCUCCUCCCGGAGGCCGUGUUGGAGUCGCACCGCACGGAAAUCCUCGCCGGAAUCAACGCGCAGCUGUGCGGCUUCAUGUUCGAUUCGGGCAUCAUCCCCCCCUUCGAGCACACUGUCGGCGACUCCCUCCGCGUGGCCCGCCACGUGUACGGCCGCCUGCUGUUCUCUUGGCCGUCGCAGGAAGACGCGGCUGUUUUUCGCAAGCUUUUUCCUCUCAUGCUGAAAAUCUCCAACUCCCGCCCCGUCAUGUUGAAGGUCUUUGUUGAUCGGUAUGAAGCUUUUACCGCGGCAAAGGCAGCCGGCGCUCCUACCCUGUCUAUCCGAAACGUCCCCCUGGAGAUCGAUCCGGAGGAGAUCCGCGCCUUCCUCCUCGGGUCCACCGAGGAGGAUGGUUCGCAUUGGCUCGCGGAUCUGACUGACUUUCACCGCGCUUCCGACCCCUACGAGAACACCUUUUUCACUCACCUCGCAGGACUCCCGGUCGCCACCCCCGAUGACCCGAAUUUCGAACGAAUCCCGUCCGAAUUCCUGUUGGAGGAGAACAAGCCAACUAUGCUGCUCAAUUUCUCCUGCCACGUGUGCACGCUGUGCGGUAACAACCACCGCGCACCGGACCACGAGACUUUCGCUGCCCGCCGCCGAGGACGCCUCACGAACAAGAACACCAUCUCAAUCGCUCAGCUGCAGCAGGCAAACGGUACGAAAUCUUCCCCUCUUGUCUUAACCGCAAAAAUCCUCCCUCCCUGUUGUCAUUGCACGCCCUUAGCCUGCCUCCGUUGCCUCCUCAUGUGCUCCUCCGCUGCCCCCCAUCCUCUCACCACUCCCCCCUCGGUCUACCCCCUCCCUAUCGCGCAACCUUCAUGCUCCCAUCCAACACCCGCGCUCCCCCCCCGCUGUCCUUCCCUCCCUAAGAGCCCCCGCCCCCCACUGCCUUGCUAUCCCCCCCCCGCACGGCCGUCCGGGCCCCUGCCACCCCCACUUUCAUUCUGCCCCUACCCACUCCCCUCGUUCCCUCCCUUCUCACUCCUCUCCCUGUGCCAACUGCCCCCCCUCACCCUGUCCUCCCCCCUGUCACCCACCCCUCCCUUACAGCCCCCCACCCUCCGGCCCCCCAUGUUGUGGGGCUCCCACUCAACCCCUUUUCCCCCCCACGCCACCCCCCCCUCCCUGCUCUUUCCAACACAUGCAGGCAAGCCCCCGCCCAAGGACGCUCAGCCCCUGUCACCUCUGUACCCUCCUCUCCCCCCCCUACAGUCGGGCCUCCGCCCACCCUCACGAAUCCCCCAUCUUCCCACACCCCCCACGCAAUCUCCGCAUCGCGAAAUCUCUUUCUCACCCAUGAUCCCCCACCCCCUGCCCCUACCCACGUCAACCCCACCCCCCACUACACUCCCGCCCCUUCCCCCUCGGAGGACAGUACCCCGCCCUCCCACAAGCUCGCCCCCCACCCGCACCCCCCUCCCACUAGCAGACUGGACCCUCCUACGGUACCCCCCUCUCUGCCCCCUCCCGACACUCCUCCCACGAUCUCUCCAGAGGGCGGGCCCCCUGCCCAACCUUAUGCUGGCAUGGAGACGCUCCUCUCCCCCUGCCCUAUCCCCCCCUUUUCAACCAGCACCCCUCUCUGCUCCCCCGACCCCCCGACUUCCCCCCCCCACUUCCUCUCCCUCGAUUCCCCUCCUCCCCCCCCCUACCCUCAAUCUCGCCUUCCCCCCCCUCAAUCUUUUCAACCCCCUCUUCACUUUCUUCUCCCCCCACCCACUCAGGAACCCAUCUGCAACCGCCCCCUGUGCUAUAACCGGGCUGCCCGAUCCCCACCGAGGCUCCCCCCCUCUGCCAACAGCCCUCUUCCCCCGGCCUCUCCCUCAUUGCUCUCGAGCAGGCCGAUCCACCCCCCUCUGGCUCCUUCUCCCCCCCCCCGCCUGGGCCCCCGAACACCCCUGCCCCUCCCCCGCACCUCCCACCCCUCUCUGCACCUCCCUCCACCCGCAGCCAACCAGACCUCAUGGCAACUCUUUGGGCAAUCAUGGAGCGCCGACCGCCUUCGGCAACGACCCCGGCCUCCUCUACAUUGGGCUGGGCGAUUGGGUCGAAUAUUGGACCUGCGCUCUCUGCGACUUCACCUGCGGCGCUGCCCUCGACAGCGCCAUGGAGCAUAUCCAGUCCGACCUGCACGUCAACCGCGUGAAGGCCUCCGCUCACCGCCCGGCUGCCAAGGAAGAACUUGGCCCCUGGCGCGCACUCACCCUGCUGCAGCAGAAGGCCCCGGUGGCUGCCUUCCUUCGCGGUCGCCCUUAG